ACAGACAUGGGUAAACAGCGAUACCGUCAGUCAGUCGUACUAUUCGAAAGGCAAACUCCGAGCAGCGUGUGUAGAUAGCUGUAGCCCUGUAUAAGCUAACAUCUAGAUAGAGAAUCUAGUAAGGAGAAUAUAGCAUCGAGAGCAUAUAUCACUUUCAAGGAAUACGCCCAGCUGUUGUCUUUCCAUGCUGGAUUUGAUGGCCACUUAGAAAGUAGAGCCUCUAUUGAGUUCGCUCCAUACCAGAGAACACCACAACCGAAGCAGAAACAAGACCAAAGACAGGGCACGAUUGAAGAAGGUGAACACAUCCUGCACUCUCUUACCAGCCAGCUCACAAAUCAUCAGAUCCUGACUUCAAAUCAUUCCUUGAAUUACUUGAAACGACACCAACCAAGCCAGAUUUUGAAGCUAACCUGAUGGCCUCGAGAGCAGUCGACAAACCAAAGCAGACUCCUCUCUUAGCCCAUCUUGCAAUCAGAAGAGAAAAACAGAAAGCCAAGCGCGAGAAAGCGAGAGCAAAAUCCCAGCGCAAAGCAAAGGAGAAGAGUAUAGCAAAUAAUGGCACACCAAGCACACCAGGUGUACCCUCAGAACCGUCCGGAUCUAACACGCCUAAGGAUAAACAAAAGAAUGCGAACCAAAGACCGAAGAAGACACGUGGAGAGAAAAGAGCAGCUAAGAAGGUGCGCGAUACGGAAAUGCAACCAGAAGCUCAAUUCAAGGCACCUAUAACGAUCCUAUCCAGACCAGAUGGUGGUGCAACUCCCUCUAUACCCUCAAGCACGCCUAGUCCAGCUCUCAAUCCACCGAGAGACCCACCAAAAGGACCGCGUGGAGGAGCCAAACCACGUGGAGGACCACCGAGAGGACCAAGAGGAAGGGGUAGAGGCAGGGGCAAGCCGGCUGCCUCCAGCUGAAAAUAUCUCAUAUGACGUACCACAUUUGUAAUCAAUAAUGUCAUAAAUAUCUUUAUUAAAGACGAUCAUCAUGCC